AUGUCGUUAGCUGAAAGCUCUCCCGAGUCUGAUUUAUGGAUAAACACGACUUAUCAAGCUGAAGACCUUGGAAUUCGAUAUGAAAAGUUACCUCAAUGUGAAGCAUGGAAUUUAUGGUGGAAAUUACAGGUAGGUGAAAUUACACCUACGGCAGAAAUCAUUGAUUUGUUAUCAAUACGAAAGAUAGAAGUAUCGUUGAACAGUAUAGUACAGCUAGUAAAAUUUGGUUUGCCAAAAUACCUGCUCUCUAAACAUAAGGUAGUGCAUGUCAAUUUCAAGAAAGUAUGCAGAAAUUACAGUCGAUAUUUGCUGAUUGAUUCCUUCUCUGCAGCAAAGAAGUAUGGAAUUAAUUUAUCUGAAAUAUGCAAUAAUUAUGAAACUGGAAAGAAAACAUCGUUGGAUUUGAUAGAUGACAGAAACGGUGAAUCAUACAUCCCAAUCAGCACCAAGAAAUCUUGGAAGCCUGACAUAUUAGAAAUAGCAGCAAAGAAGCCAAGUAUUUUAUUCACUACCAAAUACAAUCAGAAUUAUGUUUCGCAGCCGGUCGAUAGAUUGCCGCUAAUUCCAUCAGGAGAAAUUCGUAUCAUUAACCCAACAGCGGUUCAAAUCACUUAUCAAGUAGACACUAAUUUCGAGCAAAACUCUACGAAAAUUGUUGUGCGCAGUCAGAAAGUAGCUGAUUUUUACAAACUUGGCGAAAUGUCGUCAGUGUUUGAACUUCAUAAAGGACUAGAAAUUGAUCGGAAAAAGGUUUGCAUCGCGGAAAAACUUAGAACGGAGAAUAUCGACAAAGUGACGAAAUUUUUGCAAAACUCCAGUGAAAAGCAGGAAAGCAAUGAAAGGGCAGAAAAGAAUGCGAGUUCAGGUGAAAAAAAUAAUGAUUCAAUGACAUUCUUCAAACGAGGCAUUCAAUUAAGCAGUAUUUUAAGUGUGUUUGAUAGUGAAAUGAUGUCCAAUGUAAUACCUCUCUCAUCAUCUGUCCUAAUGCCAUUUCUCAACAGAAACCACUAUGAUUCCAGGUCACCACCAAUCAUUCUCGAAGGUGAAAUUACGGAAGUGUUUUUCGGAAUAUUGAUUCAGUCGAUGUCAAAUUUUGAUCAAAGUACAAUGGACUAUGAUAUGGAUAUAUGGUUACGUAUGGCAUGGCAUGACCGACGCUUGGCACAUCAGUUUGAUCGACCAAUUUUAGUCAAUGAUGAAAAUGUGCUUAAAAAAAUUUGGCGUCCAUCACCAUUUUUCCAAAAUGCUAAAGAGGCGGAAUAUCAUCGAAUGACAACGUUGAAUUUUUGGCUGUACAUAUUUCCUAAUGGCGAAAUUUUCUUCGAAACGCACUUAUACUUGAAACCAUCAUGCAAACUUAUCCUAUGUAAAUAUCCUCACGAUAAUCAGGUGUGCUCGUUGAAGAUCACUGCUAUAGCAUCUGGUCAAAAUUCAAUACGAUAUAGUUGGUUCCCUCGUUUGAGCGAUGCAAUUCGAAUGAAUAAACUGAUGGAAUCUGAAGAACUUUACGUCGAAAAAUAUUACAAACGGUAUUGUGAUGGAGUGCGCAAAACGGGUAAUUUCUCAUGUUUGGAAGCAAGUUGUCAACUGAAACGUAGUCUUGGCUAUCACAUGACACGAACUUAUAUUCCUACAGCAACUUGUGUUGUCUUUUCUUGGAUCAGUGUUUGGUUGCCAGAAGAAUUCGUCACUGGCCGAAUAUUUGGCUCAUUAACACUAUUUUUGACACUUAGUGCGGAAAGUAGUGCAGUUAAGGAAGUGUUACCGAAAGUUUCUUACAUGAAGGCCAUUGAUCUCUGGUUUGGCUUUACGGCAAGUUUUGUUUUUAUAACAAUGCUCGAAGCCUUGAUUGUUAUUUCACUCGAAUAUAAAUCACGAGAAUUGCGGAAGAAAGCAGAGUCAGGUUUAAAUGAUAUGUCACGAUAUCAGAUGAUGCUACUUAUGCUGGAAUCAGGCCGUUAUCAUUCAACUGCUCGUCAUAUCGAUAGAUAUUGUCGAACGCUGUAUCCGGUCGUUUUUCUUCUUUUCCUCAUAAUCUACUAUUUCGUGAUCACAGAGGGAGAUGAAACAAAGUGUCUUCAGAGGUCAAGCGAUGAAUUAUAA